GUGACAGUGGUGCGCAUCUUCCUCCUCCUCUUACCGUGGGGCCAGAGUCCCUGAGGGAGUCCAGCUGCGCUUAAGUCUGGCCAGUGCCACCCAUCUCCGCAAUGCCCCCCAAGAAACAGGCUCAGGCCGGGGGCAGCAAAAAGGCGGAGCAGAAAAAGAAGGAGAAGAUUAUCGAAGACAAAACUUUUGGUCUAAAGAAUAAGAAAGGGGCAAAGCAACAGAAGUUUAUCAAGGCUGUCACUCAUCCAGCUAAAUUUGGUCAACAAAAUCCACGUCAGGUAGCACAAAGUGAAGCUGAAAAGAAGUUGAAGAAAGAUGACAAGAAGAAAGAAUUGCAAGAGCUAAAUGGGCUGUUCAAACCUGUAGUUGCUGCUCAAAAAAUAAGUAAAGGUGCAGAUCGCAUGGUAUGUGCAUUCCUCAAGCAAGGACAGUGUACUAAGGGAGAUAAGUGUAAGUUCUCUCAUGACUUAACUCUGGAAAGAAAACGUGAAAAGCAAAGUGUUUACAUUGAUGCAAGAGAUGAAGAGCUUGAAAAAGAUACUAUGGAUAGUUGGGAUGAGAAAAAACUAGAAGAAGUAGUGAACAAGAAGCACGCUGAGGUGGAAAAGAAUAAACCAAAAACUCAAAUAGUGUGCAAGCAUUUCCUUGAAGCCUCUGAAAACAACAAAUAUGGCUGGUUUUGGGUAUGCCCUGGAGGGGGUGAUAUUUGCAUAUAUCAUCAUGGACUUCCUCCUGGGUUUGUCUUGAAAAAACAUAAAAAGAAAGAAGAGAAAGAAGAUGAAAUUUCAUUAGAAGAUCUAAUUGAAAGAGAGUGUUCUGCCCUAGGUCCAAAUGUUACCAAAAUCACUCUAGAAUCUUUUCUUGCAUGGGAGAAAAGAAAAAGACAAGGAAAGAUGGAUAAACUUGAACAAGAUAUAGAAAGAAGGAAAGCAGACUUCAAAGCAGGGAAAGCAUUAGUGAUCAGUGGUCGUGAGGUGUUUGAAUUUCGUCCUGAACUUGAUGAGGAGGAGGAGGAAGCAGAUGGUACCCGCUACACCCAGGGGAUAGGUGGUGAUGAGGCUGAUGAUUCAGUGAGCGUAAAUGACAUAGAUUUAAGCGUGCACGUCCCACGAGAUGCAGAUGAGACAGGUAUUACUGUAGCCAGUCUUGAAAGAUUCAACACAUAUACUUCAGAAAAGGAUGAAAACAAAUUAAGUGAAGCUUCCCGAGGUAGGGCUGAAAAUGGUGAAAGAAGUGAUUUGGAAGAGGACAACGAAGGGGAGGGACAGGAAAAUGGAGCCAUCGAUGCUGUUCCUGUUGAUGAAAAUCUUUUUACUGGGGAAGAUUUGGAUGAACUAGAAGACGAAUUAAACACACUUGAUUUAGAAGAAUGA